AUGUGGAGCUCUAGACGCAACAAGAAAGCCUCCGCCGAAAGAACCCGCAUUUUCGCCCGAAUUGUGGAACGGGUAAUUCGAGGAACGGGUGUUUUAGGGCGACGAAAGCGAUUGCACGAUGCAAACAAUUGUAAGAUGGGAAGAAGCCAUAAAAAAUCGAUGGAAAAUAUUAGCCAAUUACCCAAGUGGAAGCAGCAUGCACGGGGCCAUUAG